AUGGGGCUCCCGGCAAUAGGGGAUCAUGGGGCCCCUGUGUCCUUUCCCAAACUCAAAAAAGCAUAUGAAAAAGAUCUGCAAAUGAGUGACUUACAAGUCCCAUCUGCCACUACAGCAAACAGCUUGUAGUGCUUAAUGAACUAUGAGAAUGCUGACAAGCAGGGGCAGACUGACAACCCAUGGAGUCCCCGGGCAAUAGGGGAUCAUGGGGCACCUGUGUCCUUGCCCAGACUCAAAAAAGCCUAUGAAAAAGGCACCAGGGGCAUCUCAUGGGGCCCCCUACUGACCCCGGGCCCUCGGGCAGUGCCCAAGUUUCCAAAUGGUCAGUCCGCCCCU